GUUUAAAAAAUAAAAAACAGUUAGAUGCCUUACAAUGCUACUUAGAUUAUCCUGAAGUAACUCCUGAUCUCGAUCCAAAUAAUGUAAAUUAUGAUUAUCUUGCCGAUGCAAUUUUUAGAUUUAUUUUUGCUGCUAUGGGAACUACGUCUGGUGGUGCCAUCAAAUUAGAUUUUCUUAAAGAAAAAGAACGAUAUUGGCAAGAAUUAUAUCAGGAUGCUCAAAAAAUUAAUAAACAAU